AUGGUAUUAAUUACAUUCUUAUUCACUCCAACAUUUGCUAUUAUCGUUAUGGAAGCAGAACGGUCACGUCAAUGGAAUUAUAUCGAUUCAUUAUAUUAUACAUUUACGACAUCAACACUUAUUGGAUUAGGUGAUCUUACCCCACAACCGUCAUAUUUUCAAUUUUUCAUUCUAAUACCACUUUUCCUUAUCAGUGAAACUCUUUUUGCGCUAGCAUUUGGUUUCAUUACUCGUAUAAAAUGUACACUUCAAGAAGAAUACUCGCAUAAUUCGCAAGAACUCGCAAAACUAAGUGCAGAAGUUGAUGUAACAAAAGAUUCUGGAUCUGCUGAAGCUGAUAUUGAUGCUGAAAUCGCUGAAUUAUCAGCUCGUGAGAUGCUUAUGGAUAAAAAAAUCGAUAGAGUUAAGCUGAAUUUAUUUCGCAUCAUUGAAAUUCAACAAAUAUUGAAAAGGUCGUUGUAA